AUGUCUAUAUCCAUAUCUGGGAAGGAGAGGUUACCAGCACGUCACUUCCAUCAGGCAUCUUCAGCAUGCCUGUCCCUAUCUGCAAAAGAGAGAUUACUAACGGGUCCCCUCCCCCAGACAUUUUUAGGAAAUCUCCCCCUUCAUAGAGAAGAACGGUUACAAUCACCUCUCAAUCAGGAGUCAACAACAUGCCUGUCGCUAUCUUGGAAGGAGAGGUUACCAGCACGUCACUUCCAUCAGGCAUCUUCAGCAUGCCUGUCCCUAUCUGCAAAAGAGAGAUUACUAACGGGUCCCUUCCCCCAGACAUUUUUAGGAUAUCUCCCCCUUCAUAGAGAAGAACGGUUACAAUCACCUCUCAAUCAGGAGUCAACAACAUGCCUGUCGCUAUCUUGGAAGGAGAGGUUACCAGCACGUCACUUCCAUCAGGCAUCUUCAGCAUGCCUGUCCCUAUCUGCAAAAGAGAGAUUACUAACGGGUCCCUUCCCCCAGACAUUUUUAGGAUAUCUCCCCCUUCAUAGAGAAGAACGGUUACAAUCACCUCUCAAUCAGGAGUCAACAACAUGCCUGUCGCUAUCUUGGAAGGAGAGGUUACCAGCACGUCACUUCCAUCAGGCAUCUUCAGCAUGCCUGUCCCUAUCUGCAAAAGAGAGAUUACUAACGGGUCCCUUCCCCCAGACAUUUUUAGGAUAUCUCCCCCUUCAUAGAGAAGAACGGUUACAAUCACCUCUCAAUCAGGAGUCAACAACAUGCCUGUCGCUAUCUUGGAAGGAGAGGUUACCAGCACGUCACUUCCAUCAGGCAUCUUCAGCAUGCCUGUCCCUAUCUGCAAAAGAGAGAUUACUAACGGGUCCCUUCCCCCAGACAUUUUUAGGAAAUCUCCCCCUUCAUAGAGAAGAACGGUUACAAUCACCUCUCAAUCAGGAGUCAACAACAUGCCUGUCGCUAUCUUGGAAGGAGAGGUUACUAGCACGAGAGAUUAGUUACGGGUCACUUCCCCCAGACAUCUUUAGGAUGUCUCCCCCUUAA